UCCAUCAAGACCCUCUACAAUGAAUUCCUCAAUUUCUUUGAUCUGCUUUGCGCUGCUCCUGGUUAGUCCUUUGUGCUUCGGGUACAGUGACCAACAACGGGAGGCCGAUAGACUUAAAGUUGAGGAAAUCAUGCGCACUUCUCUGGACGCCGAAACCAAAAUCAGUAGGACCGAGGACUUGCUGGAUAUUUAUUACCGCUUGGCUCCCAGCUUGUCGCCUGCGGAAAGGCAGAAAAUUGACUCCUUUAUUAUGGAUCACGCCGAUGUUAUAUCAAUCGACGAAGUUCCCAGUCAAGGCGGUCUAAAGACCAAGAUCGGUAAGAAGAUCCUGUAUGGAGCUGGAGAGGCCGCGGCAACUGGGUUCUUCGAAGAACUAGGGGGCUUUGUGGCUAACUUAUUCAAAAGUUGGUUUGGCUAA